AUGUGCGUUACCGAAGAAGAUGUUAAACAGCAAAGAAGCUUCAUGUAUCGCCAGGAUGCAUUAGCAUGUCUUAUCGGUCGUCUGCUCUCAAGAAAAGCUGCCGUCGAAUGUUUGAAAAUACCAUGGGAGGAUAUCGAAUUCGGUCGAACAAAUCGAGGCAAACCAUUCGUGAAAAAUGAAAGUGUUAAAAGCAUUCCUUAUAAUUUCAAUGUUUCGCAUCAAGGUGAUAUUGUCAUAUUAGGAUGUUCCCCAUAUCCCAUUGGUGUUGAUGUUAUGGAAAUCAACCAAAAUCGCAGUAAGACAGCUGCAGAAUUAAUUGAUACUUUCAAGCGCCAAUUCACCACCCAGGAAGUUAUUGUGAUGCGCUCAAAACCAACCGAGCUUGAAAGAUGGAGAGGAUUUUAUCGAAUCUGGUGUUUGAAGGAAGCGAUACUGAAAGCAACUGGAAUUGGUUUAACAAGAGAUCUAAGAAAAUUCGACUUUGUAGUAAAUGAAGAACUGAAGCCAGGUGACUUUGUUACCAAUUCACAGUAUUAUUAUGAUUCGGAGCUUCAAACUGAUUGGAUUCUCGAAGAGAGUUUCGUGAAUGAAGAUCAUUGUGCUGCUGUCGCAAUGUAUUAUGAGUGA